AUGACCGUCAAACAACUCCGACCGGAAUGCCAAAAAUGCGGCAAUACGUCGAAUCUCUUUUACUGCGGAAGAUGUUCUACCGUCCAGUAUUGUAGCGCCGCUCACCAAACUCAGGAUUCCAAUAAACAUCUUCCUACAUGUUCCAGAAUCUGGGAGCGCCUGUCUCCACUUCAACAAUGCGAGGAACUUUCUCUCGACGAUGUUCUGUCGGCGGACAGCCCCAUCGCAAGCUCUAUCCCAGUUGACAGUGCAUAUCCCGUAUUCAAUACACACGGGUCUGUUCGGCAAGUAGAUCAGUCCUUGCGAACUAGCUUGAUUGGCAUCUGUAUCAAACAAAACACAUAUGCUUCUCUCAAGUUAGCGAUUGAGCAGUUUCGAAUGCUCACUCGUUAUCGAAUCGCACCUCCACUUUUGUUCGUACCAACACUACUGAAAAUGGGAGCCGACGGAAUAUGCUACAAUUUGUUAUCAAUCGAACGCAGGAUUGCUGCCUGCGAGAAGGAAGGCGAGGAAAGGGUGGCUUUGCAGCAUCUCUACAGGGAGGCACAGGGUGUUAUGGAAGGAAAGCAAUUUGGAUGUGACGUCUUCGAAGACUUGCGACACUGGAUAUUCUGGUCGCCGAUGCCAGCCCCUAGAUCGAUGGCGGCAUUAGUUUUUGUGCUGCAGGUGUGGAUUGACGACCUCGAAAAUGCGGUCCAAUUCGAUCGUACCAUAGCGACAUCUUUGAGACGUAAGUUGAACUACGACACCGUCGAGAUAAUCCGAGGAUAUCUUUUCGAGACCGAAGUGAUGAUUGGGAAUAGGAAAGUACUCCAGGACCGAGCCGAAAAAGUACUCCACGAGCUUAAAAGGCAUCAAGACUAUGUCCUAAAGGCUUCAUGUUAUUCGAAUCGGGAAUUUUGGGGGCAAUUGGUACUUGGAGCCAAGGCGGGAAUAAUCAACGGGAGCAUUGGAACUUCUAGGUCUAGAGAAGUAGGUGCAACUGUUGGAUUCCCGAGCUUUUCAGGGCACACCAUCGAAGAUUUAAGUGUCUUCCGCCGACUGCUUCUAGACGAUAACUCCGCAUUUCGGUUUCUCACCGAUUUUUUCGAAAGGCAGCCGCUUUACCUGAAUGGGCCUUCGGGUGGACGUGGACUGGACUGGAUGAGGGUUUGGCAGGAAGUCAGCCGAUUGACAACGGCGAGAAAUGAUGCCUUGCAGGACAGUAGCAGUUGA